CGCACGACAGUGCACCCACGGGACGGCCGGAGUACGUUGGCAACACUGAGUCAUCAGAGAAACUACUGGCUUCGGAGCGUUUAACACUGUCGUUCGUCAGUACUCAGUAUCCGUAAAAUAUCGUUUCAAACAUUACGGGGCCGACGGCAUUUUAUAAUUUUCGUUUUUCUCACAGUUUACCCGAGUAAAGCGUCCGACAACUCGGAACAAAUGAGAUCCAACCGCCAUAUAAAACGCAUUAAAAGAUAACUCGAAAAUGGAUUCAUUAACGAUUAUUUUGACGACCAUCAUACUACAAAAGCUCACGAAUGCGUUGGACGCGGCGGCCACCGUUUGCGAUAACGACAUGGCUUGCAAAUGCGCCAACAACACAGUGUCGUGCACAACAUUAGAACAAGAUGGAGCGUUCAUCCUCCCGUACGGCACACAAGUCUUACGUUUCGACGAUGUUCCUAUCGCGAUCGUCAACAACGGCACGUUCAAAAACGGCGAACUACUGCAAGAAAUCACAUGGGUGGCGAGCAAGAUAAAAUUGGUGGAGGCAUUGUAUCACAACGAUCUUAAGUACUUAGAUUUAUCUAGAAACGAUAUUUUUAAACUGUCGGAUGAUACAUUCCACAACUGUCUUCGUUUAGAGUACAUAGACCUGUCUGACAAUCAACUGAAUAUUUUAUCAGACUACUUAUUUUUACACACUAGCUCACUGACAACGGUCAAUUUAGAGAAAAAUCAUUUUAGUUCAAUAUCAGAAAAUUUAUUCAAACAUACUAUCAAUUUGAAAAACCUUAGUAUAGGUAAUCCAAAUUUAUCUUUACUAGAUAUAAAUUCAAUGACAAACUUGUACAAACUGGAAUACCUUAAUAUUCAAAAUUGUGGAAUAAGAAAUCUCAAUCAAAGUUCCUUCGGUGAACAUAAUAUGUAUCUAUAUACUGUUAUACUAAAUAACUGUACACAUUUAACAUCGAUUGACAACGAUUUCAUUAGUUCAUCGCCAAACAUUAAAAUUAUAGAAAUUAACGAUUGUGGUAGAAUUGAUUUCUUACCACCUAGCAUUGUUUCUCUUAAGAACCUACAACAUUUACAGAUGUCAAAUACAGAACUUCAACCAAGUUGUCAAAAUGGAUGGUUUAGCCAAUGGUUCAAUAAUGAAACAACUACUGUUGUUGGUUAUGAAAAGUAUUCAAAUUUUAUUGAAUCACUGAAUGAAAUUAACUGCCCACCAAAAAUAUACUAUACAAACAGUCCUAUUACAUUACAGUUAACCAAAAAAGGAAUUAUUAAUUGUAUGGCUUAUGGAAACCCACUUCCAUCAAUUACUUGGUUAGUGCCAGGUGGAUUAACAUUUCACGAAAAUAAACAAGCCGAUAUAAAUAUAUCACACCAUCCAAACGUCCAUAACUGGGAUCUAAAUCAAAUAGUUAGUCAAUCACUUUUAACUGACAAAAAUGGAUCUUUACAUAUUCUACGAAUGCUAAGAACCCAUAUUGGUAACUAUACUUGCUAUGUAUCAAAUAAAUAUGGAAACAGUUCUAAACUAGUGGAAGUACAUCUAGACAGUGAAGUAUUUUUCAGUAUCAAAAUAAAUGCACUGUUAUUAGGAAUAUCAUCAGCAUUAGGAUUUUUAAUGCUAACUAUACUAUGUUGUGCUUUCAAGCUACUAUUAAUAAGACUGAAUUGUAUAAAAAAACGGAGUCAACAGACAGAAACAGAAAUGGGAUCUACAGAAAAACCAAAAAUUUUUCCAGCAGAUGUUUAGUUGUAAAUAAUUGUUACAUGAAAUUGUCUUAUGGUAAUUUUUUUUUUAUUUUACGUAAAAUCAGUUAAAUUUAUUAAAUAGUACAAAAAUAAAUUGUAAAAAUAUUUUUUUGAUAAUUUUACAGACUAUUUUAUCAACUCAUAAAUAUUAAAAUUGUUUGAAUAAAAUAAUAUUAAUGUAAUUGUAUGCAUUUGUACUUAAACUUUAUAAAUUAAUCAAGAGUAUGAAUUUAAGAAAAAAAACCAAACGUUUUACAGCUAGCAUUUCUUUAAUAGGUAAUUCUAAAUAUGUUUAAGUAUAAAGAAAAAAUGAAUUAAGUAAUUAAGCUUUAAUAAUUGUAUUAUAAAAUAGCAUAAGUAUUAUCAUUGUUAGUAAAUUUAUAUAUUAAAAUUAUAAAUACCAUUUAUAAUAGAAAAAUUAUUGUUAUUUUGUUCCAUUUCACAAUCAAUUACAUAAAUAAUAUUAACUAUAAGAAUUUAUACUUAGAAUCUAAAUUCAUAAAUUGUUAUUGAUCAUUCAGCAAUUAUUGAUAGAAAUUAAAAAUUAUAAUAUCAUUAUAAGAUAAAUAAUAAUCUAACCUGACAAGAAACCAUACAACAAUAAGAAGAUUAUAGAAUUAAUUAAGGUUUUUCUAUGCUUCUCAAAGGGUAGGGGUUUAUAACUUUUUUGUUUUUAAAAAAUAUUCGAAAUUCAUAAAGUAAAGAUAGAAUUGUUAACUCAUAAUAUUGGUGGUAUUGGUAUAAAAUUAAUUAAUAUUAAAAGUUCAUGAUUUAAAGUAAAUUAACGGCAAUAUUAUUUUUUCUGUAGGUCUAUGUCGGCUAGUCCUACUGACGGAAGUGGAAUUAAAUUGGAAUCUGCCAUACAAUAAAGAUGAAAGUUGUGUAUGUAAUUAAUAAUAAAAAAAUGUUAUGUUGUUCAAUUAUAUUUUCAUAUUAUUAUUGUUUAUUGAAUGUAGAUUUUUUUGUAUUAUUUUUGUAUAAUAAAAUAAAAUAAAAAAUGGAUAUUUAUUAUAUUAAAUGAAAAAUAAAAUGAUUUUCAUAUUCUCUAUAACAAUUGAUAUCCACAAUAGGUAUUAUAAACAUCAAAAUUACCUCACUAAAAAUGUUAUUUCAUUUAAUAUUCAUUAGUUAAGUGUUAUUCAAAAAUAUUAGUUUUAAUAGUUAGAUAACACAUUAUUCUAAAAAACGGGAAGUAGAUGACCUCUGCUAUACAGUAGGUAAAAGCACACCUUAACUUUGAACAAGUCAUUGAAAUGUGUGUGUUAAAUUUGAAUUCAUAGAUAAAUCAUUGCACGAGAAAACAUUCUGAGCGAGAUUAUAUGUCAGCCACUAAGCAUAUUUUAUGAUAUAUUUAUAAUAAUUUAAUUAGUAAUACAGUACCUAGAUUGAAUUAACUUUUGUUGAAAACAUUGCAUUUUAGAAUUAUGUAUAUAAAAUAUAAAAAUAUAUGUUAAGUUUUAAGUUUAAAAAUUGUUAUUUUUCGUUUAAAUAUCAUCCAAAGACCUAUCUAAUUUUGUCCAAGUUUAACAAAAAAAUGUGUAUAAAGAAAUUGUGUUUUUAUAUUUUUAGGUUAUAGUAUGAACUUCCUGUGAGGACUUAGUAUUCAAAUUUAAAUUAUAUAAAGCUAAGCUAUAUAGAUUUAAAAUUGUUAACUAUAAAAAAAAUUUGCAAAUGUAUGUGAUUUUGUUGACAACUCAAAUUGUUAUAUAUUUAUAUAUUUAGUUUCAUCCAAAUUUGAACUUAUAUCUGUUAAAUAAACUGUAUUUAAUAUUUUUUUGUAACA